UUCAAAAUCACUAGCCUAUAAAUACACCUUGGUGCUUAAGCCAAAAGUCCGAUCAGUCUUGUUAUGGUCUGACUCUGAUCAGAUGGCGGACAAUCCCCUUUCUCACCAUGCCCAUGUCCCUUUACCUUCAAACCCAGUCCAUGAUUUGAAGGGGAUUAGACAUGAAACCCAAUUCGAGAAAUCAUUGCCUGAAUCAAGGGAAAAAAGUGGUUUAGAUGAUGCUCCGCUGGUUCCGGUUCAUAUUGUUACUGAAGCCUCUCAACUUCCAGUGGAUUUCCUGGAACCUUCCCCAGAAACAAAGCUGGUAAUUGGUUUUGAUUGUGAGGGCGUUGAUCUCUGUCGUAAUGGAACUCUUUGUAUCAUGCAGCUGGCUUUUCCCGAUGCCAUAUAUUUGGUGGAUGCAAUAGAAGGUGGAGACGUGCUUAUACAAGCGUGUAAGCCUGGUCUUGAAUCUGGAUAUAUCACUAAAGUUAUACAUGAUUGCAAGCGUGACAGUGAGGCAUUGUACUACCAGUUUGGAAUCAAGUUGCACAAUGUGAUGGACACUCAGAUUGCAUAUUCCUUGAUUGAAGAGCAGGAAGGACGACAUAGAUCGCUUGAUGACUACAUCUCAUUUGUGGCUCUCUUGGCAGAUCCACGCUAUUGUGGAAUAUCUUAUCUUGAGAAGGAGGAGGUUCGCGAACUCAUGAGGAAGGAUAGACAGAUCUGGCUGUACAGACCUCUAUCUGAACUCAUGAUCCGUGCAGCUGCUGAUGAUGUCCGUUUUCUGCUUUACAUCUAUCACAAAAUGAUAGAGAAGCUGAAUGUCCAAUCCAUGUGGAACCUUGCCGUUCGUGGUGAACUUUAUUGUCGCUGUUUCUGCUUAAGUGACAAUAACUUUGCUGAUUGGCCUGCUUUGCCUCCUAUUCCAGAUGAUCUGCCACCGGAGACAGAAGCUGUGGAAGAAGAAAUCCUUUCUGUUCUUGAAAUUCCACCAGGGAAAAUGGGGCUUGUGAUUGGCAAACGCGGAGCUACGAUUCUGUCAAUCAAGGAAUCAUGCCAUGCUGAAAUUCUCAUGGGAGGCUCAAAAGGUCCCCCUGAUAAGGUUUUCGUUAUUGGCCCAGUGAAGCAAGUGAGGAAAGCGGAGGCACUGCUAAGGGGAAGAAUAAUGGAUAUAUACUGAAACAAUUGUCUCAAAUAAUUUGGUUUGUGAUAAUACAUUGCAACAAUAAUAAUUGAAACUUUUUAAGACAAUUUUGCGCUCGGUUUUUUAAAGUGGGAUAGUUUAUUUGAGAUCGUCUUUUAGGCCCUUCUUGGA